AUUUCCUUUAUUUUGUUCUUCAUUCUGGGAAAAUACUUGGAAAAUAUUGAAGAAAUAAAAAAAUUCUUUUCACUUGCAGAUAUUUCCAUUAAACAAAAUGCUAAUGGAAUCUUUGACCUGAGUUGUGCUGAAAAACUGGUCCAGCUGCCAGAAUACAAUCAGGCAAUACAGAAUGUGAACAGAUUGAAAGGUGCAGACCUGACAAAACUGACUACAGAUGAAGACCGCCUUUGCUUCUUUGCCAACCUGACAAAUCUAAUGAUUCUUCAUUGUCAUUUAUCUCAUAUCGAUACAAGGCUUCGGAUCUACCAGAAGUCAGAUACAAGGGAAGUAACUGCUGAUAUUAUUGAUGUGGAGUUAUGUCCACUUGGUGCUGCAGACUACAUUGCAUACUUCAGUAGCUUUUCAUAUGAAGUGGGACAGCUGGGCAUCGUUAGCGUCUUCGAUUUGCUGACCACUCUAUGCUGCACUGAACUGCCUCCUUCAGGACAGUGGAAACACACCCUGGGUUGCAGAAAGUUGGUGCUGACCCCAGAUGAUCCCUGGAGAAUGUUCUGUCCUGUGGCAGAGCCUCGGCUGAUUUUUGCGCUCAAUUUAGGCUGCAUGUCAUCACCUCCCUUACAGGUGCUACAUCCAGAUCAGGUGAGGACCCAGCUGGAUAAAUCCAUGAAGGAAUAUUUAUCUCACACUGUUGUCAUCUCAUUGGAACAGGAGCGGGUUCUACUUCCCGAGCUGCUAGUUUGGUAUGAGAAAUAUUUUGUGGCGGAGUCUGGACAUUCCAAAGAGAUGCAGCACACCUCCUUGGUCAGGUAUGUUGCACAGCAUCUGAGUGCUGAGAAGCAGAGGCAGCUGCAGCAAAUGUUUGGCCUGGACAGUGCACAUGGCUUGAGCGAGAACAUUGUUGGUCGCAUCACUCCACCCCAAAAUAUCCCAAACACAGAUAAACCCAGAGCACCAGUGUAUCGUUUAUCCAGCUCGGUUGACCGUUCAGGUCAAGGCUGGAGCCUUGAACUUCCCAGCUAUAAGCUGACCCCAGUGACCCUCGAUUACGUCAAGCAGAAUUCCCUGCUAGUGGCCACAAUGGUCAGUCUUGUAUGCUCGGACAACUUGGACAAUAUUGAACAACAUUUCACUGCUGACCACUUCAACAUGUCGGAAUCGGUGCCUGACUCAGGGAACCUCAACAGAAUGUAUCCGGCUGUCGUGGGCAGUCAUCAGUCAGACAUCAACCUGGUUGAUAUUCGGAGUUAUCGGUACCACCGCUUGACUGAUGAUUACCCGAUACUGCAGCGCCAUCUGCUGCACUAUAUACUCCCUCUUGCUGGGGCAGAUAAUCCAGAGUUGUUGACAAGUAGUGAACCCAUUCUGAAGUUUGUCACCAAUGAAAUUGAUAGCCAGGUGAAGCUCUGCAUGUUUAGCCUGCCCAGCAGUGACCAGUUCCAGUGUGUGAUCCAGGACAUGGCCAACCGGCUCCUGGAGGAGCACAAGUGGCUGGAAGUCUUCAACAUCAUCAGGAGCUUGCCGGAGACUGUUGUCGUCGAGCGGCUGUACUUGCAAGUCCUUCAUGAUUUUGUCUUGUCCUGUUGGGCUAUUAGCCAGGUUGGAAAG